AUGGCAGAUCAGCAAAAGUAUCUCGAAAUUAGCUCACUUAUAUCUCAGGAGCUCAUACCAAAAAUUAAAGAGCUGAUAACAGAAAGAAAAGAUCCCAAUAUCCAAUUCCUUGGGGACAAAACGAAAUAAAAUGGUGACAUUGACAGAAAUUGGACUCCGAGGUGACUUCUCUAUGGAGCAGGUCGGACUCCCACUUAGUCUUUGCUUUAUCGGAACUGAUGGGGCAUCACUAGAGUUGGAUCCAACCUAGGUUUCAGUAUGUGGGUUUAUGCCAGAUAGACAGGCUAGCGGUUUAUCCGCCUAUGGCCUUUAUAGCAAUUAACUUAAUUUUUUGUGGAGCAAAGCUACUCAUUCCCAUUGGAACAGAAAGACGAGUUCGAGCAAAAGCUCACAAUUUCAGCGAUGGAAUAUCCUCAGUCGAGAGAGUUAAUCUUCGACCUUUUCUAUUCUGCUGUACUUGUCUCUGCCUUAAACGCUCCUCUUACUUAUACCCUCGCUGAAGCAUGCACAGGAAUAAUCCUUGGGCUAAAGCAAAAGCCAAACUUUGACAUCUCUAGCGCAGCAAGUAGCUUAGAAUCAAAAAUUAUGACAGAAAUCCAAAAAUCCCAAACAGUUAUAUUCUAUUAAGUUAUUAUCGAGAAGCUCCUGGCAGCCGAACAAUAGCUUUUCACAUCCCUUGCUUUGCACCACCCCCUUGCUUGCCAGUCUGAUUGCACAGCCUAGGCAUAUGUUGCUCCCUCCAGGCAAGAGCUUGCACUUGCUCCCGGAGGUAAAGACGCUGGGUCACCGUGUCAUAUGCCGACGAGGUUGACUGUCAAAAAGUGAAUUUUCUGGUCAGGUUGCUAACAAGAUGAAACUUGUAGCCUAGGCGCAACUCCUGGUUGCGCUGGGAAAAUACCGAUUGGCCGAUCCCUUUCCAACUUCCAUCCUCCUUGGAGUAAAACCUUGCCCUAGAUGUGAGCCUGCAGUCAGUCAGCCCGACAUUGCGCUCCACCAGACCAAGUAAAACCCGGCGGAUAUUACCGAACGCUGUUAUCCCUUCCACAAGGUCCCCAGACUCCCAUCUAGCUAGAAUUGUUAGAGUACAGAUUGAUUCGCCACGCCAUUUUAUAUCCAAAAAUCCAAAACAGUUGAGCAAAUUGUAGCUUGGCUUAACUUGCUAAAUGCGAUGGAGCAAAGGCUAAACUAUGAUAUCACAGCAUCGAAACAAUUGGCCGAAAUUGUGCUGACUGAUAUACAAUGGGGAAAAAUCUCUUAUGAUGACCCUAAGCUAGUUGUUGAAAACUUGACUGACUCAAUUAAACUUGAGGGGUUUGGGUAUGAUAUGUCAGUUUUAAAGAAAAUUUUAUCAGAUAACGCUUUGGAAAUAUUGGAAAAAAAUGUGGAAGAAGGAAAAGAUAAUGAUGAGGUGACCAGGAUAAACAUGAAACCGCUUCUAGGGGCUUUGAGAGGAGGAAACUUGUCGGAGCAUCAGCAAGAGAGGCUGAAAAUAUAUACAGAAAAAUUCGGAGGGUUUGAUAAUUUAGUUGUCCCAGAUGUAAAAGUAGAUAUUGAUAUAAUACCGCCUCGGCCUCUGUCACCAGUUGAUGAAGAAAUAAAUAGAUCUUCUGCUAUUCAGUAUGAUGAAAGAGACCCCAUUUAUACUUACCAAACAUCCGGAAGAUACUCAGUUGCAGUUUUUCGCGGCUCUAUCCUAAGAAGCAAAGGAAGACUCAACGUCGCCAUAAAAAGAUACUCAUCAACUCAAAGGGAAAAUAUAGAAAAAUUUAAUGAAGAAGGGGAAAUGCUCAAAAAACUUUCAGGUUUAAAUGUCAAAUGCUUUUUAAAAUAUUACGGACAUUUCAUUGAAAAAAUUGAAGAAAAGUACAUGCUGUUUAUCGUAAUGGAGUUUUGUGAACGGGAUUUAAUGCAAGAAAUUACAAAGAGAAAAGAAGAGGAAAGACCAUUUACAGAAGAAGAGCUGAGAGAUAAUAUAGCUAGCCACUAUAAUAAUCAAGAAAUAAAUGAAGCCAUUUAUAUUAAUUUCAAAUAGACUAUUCAUAGAGAAUUCUAUAUAUAUGAACUUCUGAAUGGCUUUUCUUCUCUUGAACAGAUUAAAAUAGUGCAUAGAGACAUAAAGCCACACAAUAUAUUCAUCGGCCAAGAUGGAAUGAAAAUUGGUGACUUUAAUAUUGCAAAAUCACAAACAGAAGUGACAACAAGGACUGUAAGCGAGAGAAUGCUUCAAGGCACUCAAGGAUAUUUUUCUCCUGAAAUUGAAGAAUCUAUUAGAACUAAAGUCAAAGCAAAAAUUCACCCUUGGAAAUCUGAUGUUUACAGCUUGGGAUUGACAUUUUUGCAGAUGAUUACUUUCAAAAGCGUAAGCACAUACAAUGCAAGAGGCUCUGCUGAAGCUCUUGCAGAAGAACUUGAUAAGCUUCAAUAUGAGUGGCUAAAAGUUAUGCUUCAAAAUAUGCUUAGAGCGGAUUAUAGGGAGCGUAGAAGCUUUAAGAAACUAAUGGCAUUUGUCCCAGCUGAUAGAACAAUGCUCGAUGACUAA